AUGCAGAGUCUGCUCCACGGCGUGCGCGAGUACCUGACGCCCGUGCUGACCGAGUCGUCGUUCGAAGACAAGGGGCUGCUCACGCCCGAGGAGUUUGUCAAAGCUGGCGACCUGCUCGUGUACAAGUGCCCCACGUGGCGGUGGGAGAGCGGCGAGCCCGGUCUCCGACGCACCUAUUUGCCACCAGACAAGCAGUUUCUCGUCACGCGCAACGUGCCGUGUCGCCGUCGCGUCACGUCGCUGGAACAGAGUUAUCAGACGGAAGAAGCUGUCGAAGGAGAAGACGAGUGGGUGGCUGCGUCGUCGUACGCUCAGGACAGCAGUAGCUCUGACGCCAUUACCGAUCUCGGAGAAGAGAUGGACGACUGCGCGCUCUCCGGCAACAGGCACAGACCUUCCAAGAGCAAGGGCACCAGCAGCAGCAGCAGCAGAGGCAUCUUGGACGCUAUUGUCGACCAGCACUUUGUGGACGGACGGUCGCCCACCGCUGCAGCGUCCGAAGUGCGGGACUUGAGCUCGUACGACGACGAGGAUAAUCUCGUCGAGGAGAACGAAGACGACGAUGAAGCGGCGCUUGGCCCUAUGGCGACUGGCAGUUACCUCGUGGCCAGUGAACCGGACGACGCAGACGACGCGAUCUUGCGCACGCGCACGUACGACUUGUCCAUCACGUACGACAAGUACUACCAGACGCCACGCGUGUGGCUCUUUGGCUACGACGAGCGCAAUGCGCCACUCAGUGGUGACGAGAUGUUUGAGGACAUUAUGCAGGACUACGCCAACCGCACCGUGACGAUGGAGCCGCACCCGCACCGCAGUGCGCUCGUGCACGCGUCCAUUCACCCGUGCCAGCACGGUGCUGUGAUGAAGCGCAUUAUUGCCAACCUCAAGGCGCGCGUGCCUGGGGACACGGAGACGGACGAGCAGGUUGCGAACGAGAUCCGCAGCGAUCAGUACCUUUUCCUGUUCCUCAAGUUCAUCCAGUCGGUCAUUCCGACGAUUGACUAUGACCACACGAUCGAAGUGAACGCGAAGCAGUGA